AUGUCUAAUGCUGGAACGCAUUUUAAUAUUUGGUGUAUCGUUCGUGAAAAUCGUUCCGUUUUCAAAAUUACUAUUGGAGAGGCUAACGAUCUUAUCGACCUUAGAAAAGUUAUCAAGGAGGAGAAACCAAUUUAUUUUGCUAAUGUUGAUCCCGACGAACUAAUUCUGUGGAGGGUCAACGUUACUUCGAGUAUACUUAGGAAUAAGGACACUCCUAUUGAGACUUAUUUAAACGACAAAUUAGAAGAACCAACUGAUACGGUUGGAGACACAUUUAAUAACGUUGGAGGAAGUAAUAUUCGAGUUGUUGUCGAAGUUCCCGUUGCUGAGUAUCCUAUAAAGAAACGUCGAAUAGAACAGGGUUGGAAGUCAUACACCGCCUCUGAUGGUCACUCCAUAGAAUUGCCAUCCCAAAUAAUUGACAUGCUUGAAAGUGACAAAUUCGUACCUGAUAAACGCAUCGAUUUCCAAAAUGCCUUCCAGAACCUUAGCGCUCGCCAAUCAAUUACCCUGCCACAUCUUGGCCAGAAACCUAAAUACUUCGCUGAAGGUUAUCAAGGAAAGGUAUUGCUUGUUACUAAGCAGAUGAUUGACAUAUGGGACGAGCUUUCAGCAGAUAGUGACCGUUCAAUCAAGCGUGUUCUUUCAGGACCAAUUGGUGUGGGUAAAUCAUAUAUUACCUAUUUCCUUGCAGCUAAAGCUUAUGCGGAAGGAUGGCUGAUGCUCUACAUCGCGGAUGCAUCUGAGCUAUGUUCAAACACAUCAGAGGAAGCAGGAAAGGUGAUUUGCAAGUACUUCCUGGCUCUUAAUAAGGAUAUUUUGACUAGCGCCGAGUUUGAACUGCUUAUGGAAAAUGAAAAUGUUGAUUGUUCUUUUAGUAAUGUUGCGGGAAGAAUUCUAGGAGAUCUACUCAAACAAGUAGAUCGAAAAACUCUCUUAAUUAUUGAUGAGCAUGGUGUAUUAUUUGAAAAGGAUCCAGUACCUGAAAGACUUCAUAUUUUGGGACCUCUGAUGAACCUUACUUUUUGGGGUGAACAUUACAAAGGUGUACGUGUAAUCUUCACGGGAACUGCACAUGCUAAAUUUGAGAUGAUAUACAUGAAAAAUGGUAUGAGCCAAUGGUGGGUAAUCUAUGUCGCUCCACUAGAGGAUGAUAUAUUUGAUAUGUUGUUACAGAUGCACCCCCUUCUGAGUAAACCAGGCAUUAAAGAAGAAGCAAUAAAGGUUACAAAUUGUGUGCCACGUGAACUUAUGUACCUAGUUAAGUAUAUUUGGAAUCUCGAUCCCAAUACUACCGAUGUAAACGACUUUCAAGAAGUACUAAAACAAUUUGAGAAGGAACGGGUUGACCGGAUUUUGGUUAUUGCUCAAAGAUAUUAUAAUAGUCUCCAGAAAAAUGAAAAAAUUCGUUAUUAUGAUUCUCUUACAAGCAUGUUUCUUCCCAGUAAAUCAAUUGUGCAGUUUGAGUGGAAAUUCUUGGAUCUUGGGUUGAUUUAUCGGUACAUGGGGCCGGAGCACAUGAGUGUUCAUUACUUCCCUCUAUGCCCAUCUGCUCGGAAAGCUCUAUUAAAAGUAUAUAUGUCAUUUGACUUACCUGAAAAUAUAAAAAAUCAACUCAAUAUAGGAAAUCUGGAUGGAGAUCAAUUUGAGGAAGCCUUAUUCAAUCGACUUGUGUGCAAAUCUAACACAACAAUACAACUCAAUACAACGGAUCUCAAUAAUAAUAAUAGAAGCGUUGUUACGCUCCAGUUUGAUGACUAUGCUGUAAUCAAGUCUUCUGGCUUAUCCCUUGGACCUGGUUUUGAUAGAGUCUUAAGUCGCGGCUUUGACAGAUAUCCCCGAUUCGAUUACAUGCUCGGACCUAUAUUCAUACAGGUAUCUGUCAGUGACUUCGUAACACACAACAGCAAACCAUCAACGAACAUCAGGAAAGCAUUUGAAACAAUGUCUGCACAAGCUGGUAUCUCUCAAACGCAAAUUAAUGGAAGAAACCAGAUCGAGAUGUAUUUGGAUGAGAUGUAUGGUCCUGGUCAUUCUGCUAUAAUAGAUCCACAAAAUAGGUUUGUUGUUACCAGAAAUGGCACACGCGUGUCUGGAUUUCGUAUUGUCUAUAUUCGAGGUAGUCCUGGAAUUCCCAAUCACUCGAGAAAAGUUCGUGAAUUCCCUGAUGUAGCACAUGUCACCUUUGAGGAAAUCACAGGACAGCUUUUCAGAAACAUAGUAUAA